AUGGAGAAUAAAAUGGUCACAACACUUGCAGAACUUCAAAUUUACAACAAGCAACCACAUGAUCUGUCAAAAGAAGACAUCAUAGGCAAACACCUCGAAAGUCUCGAUAAAUGGGAAGAAUUUUUUUCCAAAUACUCGAAAUGGAUGGGGUUUAGUGUUCGCAAGGAAGAUGUUCGACGUGACCAUGAAAACAACCUGUGGCAACAAAAUAGGUUGGCAGGCCUAUUUUGGGCUGAUGGAAUUUCCCGUCGUGAUUAUGCUUGUUUUGGGGACAUUAUGGCUUUCGACUCCACCUACAAGAAGAACUCAUACAAUAAGCCUCUGCUUAUCUUUGUUGGGUUGAAUCACCAUUACAGGACAAUAGUCUUUGCAGUUGCUUUUCUAUAUGACGAGACCGAUGAGACAUAUACUUGGGUUUUAGAGGAAUUUCUAGAGUGCAUGAAAAACAAACCACCUCCUGUGGUGGUCACCGACGGUGAUCAUGCUAUGGCGAAAGCAAUACAAAAAGUUUUCCUAACUUCUGUUCACCGGUUGUGUGCUUGGAAUCUUCAGAAUAAUGUAACUAUUAAUGCGCAUCAUCCUGUAUUUAAGUCCAAGUUCAAUGAACUACUUUAUCAAUACUGUACCGAGGAAGAUUUCGAGGAUACAUGGAAUAGAAUCGUUUCAGAAUUCGAAUUUGAGGACAGUCGAUGGGCAACAACUACCUGCAAUAGUAGGAGGAGUUGGGCAGAAUGUUUCCUACGAGGGCAUUUCUUUGGGGGACUAAGAACUACUCAAAGAUCAGAGUCAAUUAAUUCCUACUUGUCCCACUUCCUGAUGAGCAAACUCAAACUUAGAGAUCUGGUUGGCCAAGUAGACAAGGCCAUACAAAGUAUUCGUCACACAAAAUGGGAAGACGAAUUCAUCAGCAACCAUAGUACGCCACAAUUACCAUCGAACAUCCUUCGACAGUACUAUGAAUAG